UGCCCCCAGCAGCAGGUGCAGCAGCGGCAGGCGGCCAACCUGCGCGAGCGGAGGCGGAUGCAGAGCAUCAACGACGCGUUCGAAGGGCUGCGCGCGCACAUCCCCACCCUGCCCUACGAGAAGCGGCUGUCCAAGGUGGACACGCUGAAGUUGGCCAUCGGCUACAUCAACUUCCUGAGCGAGUUGGUGGCGUCGGACCGUGCGGGGGCGGCAGGAGGCGUCGGCGGCGGCGCCGGGGGUGGACUCGGCGGUGGCGGGUUGCGCGGCGUGGGCCACGGCCCGCUGCGCGAUCAGCCCAAGAAGGUCAUCCUCAGGGGAGGCUUCGGCUGCCCGUUCACGGCGCAUUCACUAUCGUGGUCGAGCAGCCGGUCGGAGCGCACGCCCACCGCCGCCGGGCUGAUGUUCGCCAAGGUGUGGACCCCAGAGGACCCCAGGGCUGCCAGCAAGGCCGCCUCGGCUGUGCCAGCCGGCGACGCCCCCACGCCGGCGCCGCAGCGCUUCUGACACCAGGUCGUGGUUUCACACAUCCUCUGACUGAAUUACGGAGUGAAUCCUCGCGUCGCUGUGCAGUGCGGACUUGUUGUGUCACAACAGGCUGGGAGAUCACUGCAGAGACUGAAAGAAGUGGUCGAGUGCACACGCCAUCGGCAGUGUCGUUCACGGCCGUGGAUUCAGCUCAAGUUAGCCCUGUGAGGGACAGCGCGCAUGCUGUUUCGGUAUACCGUCAUCAUAAAUUGUUCAGCUCUCUGUGUAAUGGAAGGGAUGUACCAAAGGAGAAAUGUUACAAAGGUCUUAUUGUGGCAGUGAAUGGCUAGCAGCCAGUGAAGAGAGAGAAGCAUCGUCUACAAACACUGAAAUCUCUAGUCACACGUACCUACAAAUUACCUAGUAUGUUUUGCUGCGUGAUCUGGCGUGUUCAGAAUUCAUUGUCUCCACUAGCUUGUUACUGAGCGGUCCCUAGAGUGGCUGACACAAAGAGUUUCCACAUCUACAUCCAUAUUCCAUGUACCACAUUAUAGUGUAUGAUGGAGGGUACUUUUAUUGCCGCUAUUAUUUCGCACCCUUUGCUCUUCCGUUCGCGAACGCCGCGUGGGAAGAAUGAUUGUCAGUAACCUUUCUGUAUGUCCUUUUUAUUAGUAUUGAGACUUUCCCCGUGUAUUUCUUAACUGUAAACUACUUUCAAUACGGUCAUAUUCAUGCAUUUGUCCAAGCCAGCGACCUUAUCGCAGUGGUAAUACCGGUCAGAUCACCGAUG